AUGGAAAACAACAACCAAGAAUUUCAUUUCUUCUCCCAGCUACCUACGGAGUUGAGACUUGCUAUCUGGCGGAUAUGCCUCCCCAACCGCGUUGUUGAAAUAGACUAUCCUUGGGACGAAGGCGUUAACUUCUAUCCUAAUCUGCCGCCAUCUCACGGGGGCUCUUUUAUGUUUGACUAUCUUGAUAAUACGCUCGAUGGAGAAGUCUAUCUUCGAGAGCGGAUCGGGGCCCUCCAGAAAUUACAAUAUGGAGGUGUUGUGAUGCAUCUUAUUAUCGUGCGUACCACGUUCGAGACUGCGGCGAAGACAGGCUUGUUUGGACUUCUCGGUGAUGCCUAUAUUCAGCUUGUCGAUAUAUCCGACGAAGCGAGACUCAAUGCCUUGUUCGAUUUUGCCGAGAAAUGUGAAUCUGAAGCCAACGGAUCCAUUACUAUCUCCGAGCUUCUUGGCUCGAUCGAACCAGACAACUGGGAUGCCGAGGACUUUGGUCAUGUUAUCUUCUCUGCGGCGGUUGGCUAG